AUGUCCACGGGUGGCCAGCAGUUUGUCCAGCCGGAUGGACAGGUCCACCAGCUGGUCCAACGUGAGGGGGGUGUCUCGGCAGGGCAACUCCCGACAGACUUCCUCGCACAGACUUCACCGGUAGUGAUCGAUCAGGGCCCUGUCAUUCCACCCCGCGCUGGCGGCCAUGGUCCGGAAGUCCAAAGCGAAAUCCUGCCUGCUCCUCGUCCCCUGCCUCAGGUGGAACAGACGUUCACCUGCCGCUCGACCCUCAGGUACAUGGCCAUCAUCCACCCGCUGAAACCACGGCUGUCAGCUACAGCUACCAAGGUGGUGAUCGUGUGUAUCUGGGCGCUGGCCGUGGUGCUGGCCUUCCCCCUCUGCUUCAACUCCACCAUCCGUAUCCUGCCCCGCCGGACCAUAUGCUACGUGGCCUGGCCCCGGCCCUCGGAUGACUCCUUCAUGUAUCAUAUCAUUGUGACGGUGCUGGUGUAUGUGCUGCCCCUAGUGGUGAUGGGUAUCACCUACACCAUUGUGGGGGUGACGCUGUGGGGAGGAGAGAUCCCAGGGGAAGCAUCAGACAACUACCACAGCCAGCUCACAGCCAAGAGGAAGGUGGUGAAGAUGAUGAUCAUUGUGGUGGUGACUUUCACCCUCUGCUGGCUGCCGUACCACGUCUACUUCAUCGCGACGGGCCUCAACAAGGCUCUGAUGAGGUGGAAGUCCAUCCAGCAGGUCUACCUGUCAGUGCUGUGGCUGGCCAUGAGCUCCACCAUGUACAACCCCAUCAUCUACUGCUGCCUCAACAGCAGGUUCCGGGCGGGCUUCAAGCGGGUGUUCUAUUGGUGCCCGUUCGUCCGGGUAUCCAGCUAUGACGAGCUGGAGCUGCGCAACAACACCACCCGCCACCAAUCCGGUCACCAGGGCAGCAUGUGCACCCUCUCCCGCGUGAACACCAGGACCAACAUUCCCAACCAUCGCCACCACAGCUUCAAAAAGGCCGUCUCCAGCAGCCAUGGCAAUGCCAGUGUUAACGGAGAUAACAAUGGUAACCAUGGCAACCAACCGGCGGUAGCCAAGUCCAACCUUUGCAGUGACCCCGAUGAUGUGGCCGACGAUCAGUUCUCGUGAGAUGUUGAUGACGACCACAACCAACUUCUAGAAUGUUCACGAGUGGUUUGGAAAGUCGUUGUCAACGUUUCGCCCUCUGAACUGUCCCUCAAACAUUCCAAGCUUUUGCUGCAAACGCAGUUGUUCUUUGAUGCAGUGAAAUUCAUUCAAUUUUUUUCCCGAUUUGCUUAGCUUUCAAAAGCAUUUAUUCCUGCCUUUUCUCAUUUCCACACCCCCAUCUCACGACACUGACUGGACAUCUGGUAGGCUGCUGUCUCAACAGGCAGAUUCGUGGGCAGAUUUGGGACAUCUGGACUAAGCAAUGAAGGCAGAGCUUACCAGUAGUUACCAGUGUGUGUGUUUGUGCGCACAUCUAUUACUCACUGGCUAUUGCCUCAGGCAGUCUCCCACUGAAAGAUUGUUAGGAGGGAUUGGUGGUUUGGCAUAUAUACCACUGUUCAAACGUUUGAGGUCACGUAGAAAACGUCCUUGUUUUUGAAAAAGCACUUUUUUUUGGUUCAUUAAAAUAACAUCAAAUUGAUCAGAAAUACAGUGUAGACAUUGUUAAUGUUGUAAAUUACUAUUGUAG